CAGAGGAGACAAGAGGGGUGUGGACUUGAAAAAGAAGGUGGGGCAAAAGUAGGCGGACGGGUAGUCUCUCAUGUUUGUACUUUGCCAGACUGAGUCCCAAAUUAGUGCUCGAGACAGACGGCCAUCAAACACACCGCCAUCAUGCUGAUUCUCCUCGCCGCCAUCUUUGCCCUGCACAUCAUAGGCAUCAUCCUACUCCUGGUGGCUACCAUCGACAAUGCUUGGUGGGUGACUGAAACCUUAUCUACUGAUGUGUGGGCCCGGUGGAUAUAUAUGAAUGAAAAGUGGAACUACACUGAUCUUCCAACAGGCUCACACUACCCACAGGACUACCUCCAGGCAGUGCAAGCCAGCUCAGUGCUUGCUUGUAUAUUCUCCAUCCUGGGAAUCUUUGUGUUUGUAGCUCAGCUCUUCACUUUGAACAAAGGACAAAGGUUCACCAUCUCUGGCAUUUUCCAAGCGCUCGCCUGUCUCAGCAUAAUGAUUGCAGCUUCCAUCUACACAGACCGCUUCCAUCUUGAUGAGAGUUUAGGUUCAUACGGUCACUGCUACAUCCUUGCAUGGAUCUCCUUCGCGCUCACAUUCAUCUCUGCCAUCACUUACUUUGUGCUACGCAAGAAGACUGCAUGAGAAUAAUACUAAAGUUAACACCAUCAACCCAAAAAUGUUAGACUGGAUCGAGUCUUUUGGCAAUAGCAAAUUGUAACAUUCCAUGAUGGCAGUAAAACAUAGGCACAACCAAUUUAAGUUGUGUUGGAGUGUAAUAUUAUUUCCAGAUAGUUUGGUCUAAGUAUGCGUAUGAUGCUAAAAGAAAUUAAGAUCCAUCAUUAUUUCCAGCCACCAAACAGGCUUUGACAAGUCAAAUCUGUGGUCUUCCCUGUACGUACAUUUAAAUAUGGAUAUAAGUAGAUAAAUAAUAAGGGGUGACUAUUAUUUUUCAAGUUUUUUUUCCCAUUAUUUUAUUGUAAAUUCAUAUAUGUUCUAUGGUCUUGUUUCAUGAUAAGUGUUACUAAAACUAAUUCUGGUGCUGCCCCAACAUGAUGACAUCAGCCCAAAAUGACAUGUUAUAGAUUUGAGGGUUAUUCAAUGACAGGACAAUGCAAUGUCAAUAUAGCUCAAACAAUAUUUAUGUAUCAAGGUUGUGUUUGAUUUGGAAUUAUUUAAUAUUAGAAAGAGUAUAAAAGUACGAAUUCUAAAGACAAAAAACUCCAUCAUUUUAAAUCCCUUCUAAAUGAUCUUUUUCCAUUUAGUGCUUAGGGAAACUAUAAAAUGUUAACACUUUGCUAUGGUAAAAACAACAAAUGAACAAACGAUCUUAAAAUGUAGACCUUCACUGCCUUUCAAAUGUCAUUACUGACUUAGGAAUUGACACACAAAACUGCCUUUACAUACUAUAUGUAAAUAUGUUUCCUUUUAUUCUUUGUGUAUCUAAUGUUGUUUUAUUUUGUUGUUUCUCAUCACGGAUGACAAUGAUUUUUACUAUAAUAAAAAAAGGAUUUCCAACCAAUAA